AUGAAGAAACCCAAUUGGGCGAAAAUACUGGGGUCCAACCAUGCCCUAAGGAAGUUCCUUUGUCCCACCCAUCCAACCAGAUCUGUGGCAGCCACUUCGAACUGCCCAAAGUCUUGUCUGCUCUCCAGAAAACCGAUCAAGCCCGCAACUUCUAGUCUACAAUCCAGAAAACCCGCACGUCCAGCGAAACUUAAGCUUAACAAGUGCUGGCAAAUGGCCACCGAUCCCGCCAAACUUUGUGCUUCCAGCCCAGAGGAGGCCGAUAAGAUAGAUAAGGCCGAGCCUAAGGAGAAGUCAAAGACGAAGCCAAAGGAUAAGCAGGAGCCCAAGUCGUGGGACGAGCUGGAGCGCAGGCCGAGCGAUUACCUGGAGCCCAAGUCACAGGAUGAGCAGGAGUCCAUUGGGGAUGCAAAGCAAACUAAGAAGAAGCCCCUAAGGCAGUCGCCAUGCAGGUCCAUUGAUUUCACGAAGAUAAAAUUCUUAGAUGCCAGAACUGGGCUAUGGGACACCCCAACGACCCCCACCGACGAGGGGGAUUCACGCUCGAUGAUCAAGCACAAUCGUCGUCCGCGGCUGAAGAUCGGGCCGGUCACAUCGAAGAAGUGGUAUGGGAUUCCGCUGUGCGGUCGACCCAGCCUGAUCAUGGGCAUGCCCUGUCCGUCGUCCAAGGAGACACAGCUGCGGCAGGAGCAGCUCUACCAGCAACCUAAAUAUCAGGAUCAGCACGCACUCAUGCUCCAGUCGCAGCUGCGCCAGCAGGAGGACUUUUAUGACAAACAGACCAUGCCCAGGAAACUGCGGUUCGUACUCGGAACAGAGCCGUACGGGGUGCCCUCGAAAAAGCAGUUCCAGCGUGUGCAGAGGGGCCAGCGGUAUUGCGGCAACUUUUACUACAACUAA